GUUACUUUUAAUGAUGAUUUUUGAGCACUGUGAAAGGUUAGCUUUACUUUGUAUAUUCAAUUUUCUUUUCUUUUUAGACAUAUUGAACUACAUUGUGGUUCACAUUUACACAUGACUUAGAAUACUUCAUAUCUAUGCUAUGAAUAAAGUGCAGUGCAUAUGUUUUUAUCCUUAGAGUCAAAGAUGGACCGGCAAGUCUUGGUUUUUUCGCUGCACUGCAACAGCAUUCCAGUGUCCUGUCCCCAGUCCUAUGUUUCUCUGUCAAGGCCCUGACUGCUUCAGACUUGGAGACCAUUACAAUCAAGUUUUCAAUUGAGCAAAACUCACUGCAAGCUUGAGCACUGCAAAAGUAGAAAACCUACAGAUUAUUUUUUGUCUAGUUUCUAAUGUAAAUCUCUCAGUUCACUUGAGAUAAGGCAAAACGUACAAGUAACUUUGCAGCAAAAAUAUAGGAUGUGCUUGUUUUAAGUUAAUUCCUUAAUAUUGAUGAAAAAGUUCUUGUUUUAUUGGCUGAUUAUUUAAGUUAUAAGACGGGAAAUGUCUGGAUAUUAUUGAAAUAAUCUGUCAAUGGAACAAGAACUUUUUUCAAGUUUCUUUAGUGUCUGUCCUGUGAUUGGUGGCUUUAUUUCCAGCAGGAAGUUGUGAACAAAGUUUAAAAGCUGCUGCAGGACUGCAGACAUUCACAAAAAGCUGGACCAGCAAUGGCUCUGCUGAAGGUUCUGCUGCUGCUGGGGCUGGGUGUUUCAGUGAACUCAGAUGUUUCUCUGCAGAAGAGAAUCAUUGGAGGUCAUGACUGUGCUGUCACGGAGCGUCUCUAUCAUGUUCGGUUGGAGAGCUCCAAUGGUACUCAUAGGAGCGUGUGUGGAGGAUCUCUGAUCCACCCUAAGUGGAUCCUGUCUGCAGAUUCCUGCUGGAAGUCGGAGACACGGUGGAGUAAUAUAGCAAUGUUAACAUUUCAUCCACGGACUUCCAAAGUGAAGAUUUUCGGAAUCCAAGGGGAAACUGUGUUUCAUGAUCCCGAAGGUUGGCGUCAUGACCUCAUGUUGCUGAAGCUUAAAAAACGGGUAGAUAAUGUCCCACUUGCUCCGCUACCAGAUUGCAUUAAUCGCCCUAAAAUGGGUGAUACUGUUCAGCUGGCAGGAGAGGGAGCAACGACAACCGGCCCCAAUAAUGAGCAAUUAUCCUAUUCUGCUAGAGGAACAAAUCUUCAGUGUGUCGACAUGAAAGUUGUUGAGGCUUCCCAUUUCCUGCCGACAUAUGGGCAUGUAUUCUCUGCUUCAGCACCGAACAAGGAUGGUGACGCUGGUUCAGCAGUGGUGUUCAACGGCAAGAUUUAUGGUGUGAUUUCUCCAGGUGUACCACGCUAUGCAUGUGAGAGCGUAGUUUCAGUUGUAGAUUUGUGCGAAUACAUGGACUGGAUAAAAACAAUGAUUGGCCUUAAAUAAAACAUAAACUAUCAUGAAAUAAAAUUCCCAUCCAAUGUCCUCUCAGAUAUAAUUUUAUUAUUGUAUCUUGACCAGUUUGAUCCACAUGUUUGUAGAAUUAGAAUAAAUCAAUAGUUUUAUUUUUCCUCAUCUAACCUUGAUCUCCCUAAUGGAUCUUUCUCUGUAUCAGAAAUGAACAAUGAAUCAAUAAAUGCAUGAAAAAUAAAUAUUUCCUGGCUGAUCA